AUGCCACCGCAGACAAACUCCAACACCGCCGCCGGCGACGCCGAGUUUCGUACUCUGCGCCUGCAAGAUGCACACACGGACAUGGCCAGCACGCCUGCCAGCGUCGGCGGCAGCCUUCGGACCACCUCGGUGGACAAGGGGGCAACCACCUGGCCCUCGUCGCCCGCGCCGUCGAUCCACGAGGAGCCUCAAGCUCGGAACGAGGGCUACGACGAGAAGAACCACGGCAGCGACGACGACGACGUCGAAAAGGGCCGACCUCGGCCCUCGGGCGCUGCAGCCGCGCCAGGCUCGACGGCGGCAGCAGCAGCAGCGACGACGCCACCGCCGCCGCCAAACUUUCCCGAGGGCGGGCGUGCGGCGUGGUGCACCGUGGUCGGAGCGUGCUGCUCCGUCAUGGUCAGCUUCGGGCUGAUCACGUCGUACGGCGUCUUCCAGUCGCACUACGUCUCGGUCCUGGACCGGUCCAACUCGGACAUCAGCUGGAUCGGCUCGCUCCAGACCGGCUUCUUCUACCUGGUCGGCGCCGUCGUCGGCCGGCUGUACGACGCCCUCGGACCCAAGCGCCUCACGCUGGCGGGUACGCUGCUCCUCUGCUUCGGCCUGAUGAUGACCAGCCUGGCGACGCGCUACUACCAGCUGCUGCUGUCGCAGGGCAUCGCCGUCGGCCUCGGCGCCGCGCUCCUCUUCUACCCGGCGCUGCUGAGCGUGCCCUCGUACUUUCUCCGGCUACGCGGCCUGGCCGUCGGCAUCGUCGUAGCCGGUGCGGCGCUGGGCGGAGUCAUCUGGCCCAUCGCGCUGCAGCGCAUGUUCCUCGACCCCUCGCUCGGCUUCGGCUGGACGGUGCGCAUCCUGGGCUUCAUCGUCCUCGCCCUCGGCCUCGUCGCCACGGCGCUCGUCACGACCCGGGCGCCGCCGCGCAAGCACGGCGCCUUUCUCGAGCGCCAGGCGUGGUCCGACGUGCGCUACACGGCCACCGUGGUCGGGGCGGCCUUCUCGACGCUGGGCUUCUUUGUGCCCUACUUUUACAUCGAGUCGUUUGCCAUCAUGAAGGGCGUCUCGACAGACGUGGCCUUCUACAGCGUCACGGCGCUCAACGGCGGCUCGCUGCUGGGCCGGCUGUUUUCGGCGGGGCUGUGCGACAGGUUCGGCAAGUUCAACACGCUGCUCGCCUCGUCGCUCGCCUCGACGCUCCUCUGCCUCGCCUUCUGGCUGCCCCUCGGCGCCACGUCCGGUCUGAACGCCAGCCAGGCGGUGGCGACGACGAUGAGCUUCGCCGUCCUGUUUGGCUUUGGCAACGGCGCCUUUUUCUCGGCCUCGCUGCCGGCCCUGGCCAGCUUUACGCCCCUCACCCACCUCGGUCUCCGCGCAGGCAUGCUCUAUACCGUCCUGACCAUUCCUGCGCUCGUCGGAACGCCCAUCUCCGGCGCGUUCCUGUCCGAGGUGGACGACGCCCACUUUGUCAACCUCAUCAUCUGGUCGAGCCUGACGCAGCUCGUCGGCUUCCUGGCGUUUGCCGUGGCGCGGUACCGCAUCAGCCCGAGACUGUGGCACGCCGUCUAG